UUGCUUCAAUAUUUUUUUCAUAUUUAUUUUAUUUAUUUUCUUCUUAUCCUCAUUCGCACAGCAAGUUGGACAAACAAGGCUAAAAAGCAUAUACAUCGUUUCCUUAAAGGGGGCAGUUCCAUUAUGCCCAAAUCUUUUCUGAUCAAAUGUGGUAAAAAGAUGUUGACCACUCACGCUGACCCUAAGGACCAGCGAAGGAUGCCGGACGUAACGCUUCAAGAUGUCUAUCGGAGUGCUUUUACGUUCGUUAAUCCCUCACAAAAAACAUCAGUUGCUGCCAAGGAGCCAGGUUCAACCACUAAUAUGCCUUGUUCAUUGGUGAUUAAGAAAGAAGAAGCCACUCGUAUUACUACAGUUGGUGGAGACUACACGGCAUUUCGACCCUGGAUCGAUAACGACUCAAAGUCACUUCAAGGUACUGUGUAUGUACCAGGCAAGUACCCUAUACAGAACAUGUACCAAAACAGCUUAAAUACCAACCAGAACGGUCUGCCAUUUGUAACACCACCACCGCCAGUGUCCCAAGAUACCAGCCGCUCAUUAUUUACAGAUAUUUACUUGACCAAAAAGAACGUUUACGGAGACCAAGUUGUAGCACCACCUCUCCCAUUUACGCUCGAUUACCAAUUUUGGUACCAAAAUCCCUUGAAUAAGCCAAAUAGUUAUCCAGAGAACUUAAACUUCCUUGAGUGUAAUGGCAGUAUAGUUACGUCAUCAACACCUUCGCUACCGUCAUCAUCAACUUCAUCACCAAUGUUGACUGUUAACCCCACAUCGUCAAUAUCUUCCGUUUCUUCUUCCGCUUCCUCAUCAUCAACGUUAGCGUCCGUAUCUUCCAUUUCAUCGUCAUAUCCGAAUUCCCUAUCGACCUCGUCAACUUUAGCGUCCUCUUCAUCGUCAUCAUCGUCGUUGUCAUCAUCGUCAUCAUCGUCGUCGUCGUCGUCGUCGUCAUUUUCGUCCAACUUGCUCUCGUCUAGUCAAGGGUCGUCAGCUAUCCCAGAAUUACGUAGUGUUCCGGAUGGCGGAAGUGAGCAUCUGAGCGACAACGGUUAUAAUAACUAUGGCAACAGCAACAAUAACAUCAUCAUCAACAACAACAACAACAACAACAACAACAGCAUCAGUAAUAUAAAUAGUAUUCAUGUAGAUAGACAGGCCAUCCAUUACGACAUCCUCAACAAUAACCCAAACAAUAACAUUAAUAAUAACAACAAUAAUAUUAAUAAUAAUAAUAAUAAAAGUUGUAGUAACAACAACAACAGCAACAACAAUAACAGUAAUAGUAACAAUAAUAAUACUAAUAAUAGUUGCCAUCUACACAGUAGCAUGGCAGCCCCAGACUCCACUUCAUCGACGUUUGAAUGUAUCAACUGCAAUAAACUAUUUGGUACACCUCAUGGACUCGAAGUGCAUGUACGAAGAUCUCAUACAGGUUCAAGACCCUAUGCGUGUGAUGUGUGCCAGAAGACGUUCGGUCACGCGGUCAGUUUGAGUCAUCAUAGGUCAGUCCACACUCAGGAGCGAACGUUCGAGUGUCAGCAAUGCGGGAAAUCUUUUAAAAGGUCUUCAACGCUUUCCACACAUUUACUGAUACAUAGCGAUACUCGACCAUAUCCGUGCCCUUAUUGUGGCAAAAGGUUCCAUCAGAAAUCUGAUAUGAAGAAACACACCUACAUACACACAGGAGAAAAGCCACAUCGGUGUUUGCAGUGCGGUAAAGCUUUUAGUCAGUCAUCAAAUCUAAUCACACACAGUCGCAAACACACCGGAUUCAAACCGUUCGCCUGUGACAAAUGCGGUCGGGCUUUCCAGCGUAAAGUCGACCUACGACGACAUACGGAAACUCAACACCUGAACUCAAGUCUCACAAAGCAAGCGUCGCUGCUCCGAGUGGUCUCCGUACAGGAACAUGUGACGUCACUAUGAUGCGACUGUCAUGCGUUUCAUUGUUAGUUAUGCACUCGAGAACGCGGGCGCUCACUCACACACACACACACACACACAUACGCACGGACAUGCACGCAUAAACAUGCACACGUAUACACACUCAUGCAUGUACAAACACAUAUGUAAUUAUUUACACACACACAUUGCACAUACACAGACAUUCACGUAGAAACGCACUUGUAUUUACGCACACGUGUUUGCAUGACUGCGUAUGAAUGAAUGUAUGUAUAUGUAUAUAUAUGUAUAUAUGUAUAUACGUAUAUGUAUGCAUGUAUAUAUGCAUAUGUAUAUAUGUAUAUAUGUAUAUGUAUGC